CACAAUCAGAUAAAUAGACGAGUAUCGGUAUAUGAACUUUACUACGGACAAGUUGUAUAGUAACAAUGCCUUGACAUAUUAUGAAAAACAAACGUUUCAUUCAGCAACCGGAAAAAAUUACUUUGGAUAUAUUUUCCAAGUACAAUAAUAAAUAAAUUUCCUUAAUGAAGCUUCCUGGUGUUUUCUUAUGCAUUUAAAGGAUUGACACUCACAAACGAUACACAGUGAGGUUUUGUUUUAAUUUGAAAGAUAGCAGUGAUGGAUGAACUAGACAGUUGUGUAGUCCAUCGGACAUCGGAAGAAACAAAUGGAGUAGGUACAAGUUGUAAAGAAGAAGCAAAAGAUACAAGAAGGGACGAUCAUCUAACACAAAACAUACCAGCAAGAUCUGCUUCUCGUCAUAACAGACCAAAUGAAACAUUUAUUGCCAGAACAGAAAUCUUUGUAUCACCUAACCACACAAGUGAAUUUAGACUGAUGGGAGACAUUGAAAGCAGUUAUAAUACCUCUUAUGGAUAUUUCCGACAUAAAAUAGUACUUGAUCCGACACAAGAAGUGUCGAACUCUGUUUGUUAUGGAAUGUUAAAACUUAGGAAUGGAGACCAGCUUCUCAGUAUCAACAAUGAAGAUACCACAUUAAUUACUCAUGAAGACGCUUUAAGUGUUUUUGAAAAUCUUCCAAGCAAUAACGAUGAAAAUAUCACAAUGACUUACAGGCGACCAACCACUAGAAAUGUUGUCGACAUAAGUUUUAAGUUAAACUGUUCGUUAGGGUCUGCAGUUGAUGCACGGAUAAAUAAUGAGUCGUCCGUACCCGAAUCUGACUGGAUAAAAAAAUCUGCAGUAACCAUACAAAAUCGAGGAACAAAUAGAUAUAUGCAAGCACUAGAGAAAAACUGCGUGAUGUUUAAAGAACUUGUAUCGUCAAUUCCAGGACAAAGACCAAAAGAUUUCCAUAUAUGUCACUUUACAGAGGAGCGUUGGAUAGAAUUUAAUAGUGGUGCUCUAUUGCGACGUUUCAUGGACGAGGAACAUAAGGAUUACCUACAUGUAACUUAUGAUGGAAACAUUAUACUGAGUAGUACAUGUUCCAUCUUUAAAUUAAAAGUCGAAAGUAUGCGUGCUUUCGUCAUUAUAGAAGAGAUAGUAACAGGAAAAGUUCUUUGCAUAAACGAUUUCAAUGAUUGUUGUGCAAAGUUUAUGCAUCCAACAAAUUAUGCAGAUGACCAAAACUGCAUCGAUCACAUGGAGGAAAAAUUCAGAUUUGAGAGGGAUUCGGUAACUUGUUUAAGACAAUAAAUUCUGAUGUUACUAUCCAUGGUGUCUAACAAUGAUCGCGGAAAGAUGAUUGUCUCCCCUGAAUACCAACGACGAAUCAACAAGAAGAAGAGCACGUAAUAAAACAACGUAUGGCAGUAGUGGAGGAAAAUGUGUUUAUUUUUCAGGUUACUAUUGCUAUAUUUAAGAAAAAAAAUAAUGAUGAAGAUAUAUUAUUGUCAACAAGACACGAUCACUUUUAUUCAUAAUUCCCACUUUUUGAUUCUCCUUUUUUUGCACUACACGUACAUUUAUACGUACGAUGUAAUGUAGUGUUUAUAAAUAGUAUUUGUAUGGUUGUAUAUUGUUAAUGUCAAGGCCAGUAUGUUUUCUUAUAUAAAAAAAAUAUAUAUAUAUCAUGUUUCUUAAGUUUUUUUACGUAUUAUGUUGUAAUAUAAAAGGUUAUAUUUUUACUGAUUCAUAUAGUUUUGAAUAACAUGUGUAUAUAUUUACUGAUUCAUAUAGUUAUGAAUAACAUGUGUAUAUAUUUAUGAUUCUCACUUUACUAAGCGUGUGUAUUAUUGUAAACAUAGACUGUGUCCAAAUAAAGAAUACAAAACUUUAUAAGAAUGUAAAAUCAGGAUAAAAAAUAACAAUAACAAGACAAGACAAGAGAGUCUGGAUGGAGGGGCGGAGGGGUCCUUCAUUUCUGUAUUAUUUAAUUUUUUAGGUAAUUUUUCUUUAUUCUUUAUAUAUUUUGCCCAUUACUCUCUAUUCUUUAUAUUUUAGCACCCCAUUAUUUUCUAUUCUUUAUUUUUUGCUUUAUUAUUCUCUUUUGUUAUUCAUUUUGCCACAUAUUCUGCACAUUUUGCCCAUUAUUCUUUAUUCUGUAAACCCCAUCCAGACCCUCAGACAAGAUAUGUAACAUAUUUUGAAAACUAUGUCUUAUUUCAUAAUAAUGUUUAUCAGUUACUAUUGAAUAUGUAUAUAAAAUGUAAUAUUAAUAA